AUGUCGAGUGGCCGUGAUUCGGCCGUCUUGCUCCUCAAUUUACUCGUCGUACUCGUUUUCUCAUCAGGUAUAUUUCAUAGAGUUUAACAGCUGGGGUACGGUAGGCUUGCGUGUGCUCCAAUACUGAUAAAGCACAAAGUUCUCGGGUACUAAAUGUUGUUUUUUUGCUUACGAGAAAAGUAGCGUUUUUCUGGAGAAGGUAGGACGUCUUGUCACAAAUUUGAUGUAAAUUUAUGUAAUGACAAGGGGAAAGUGAUCAAAUAUGUGCUAGGGCUAUGUAAAAUACCACGGACGAGUAAUCUGAAAGCCGAAGGGCUCAACUAGUUUGUUCUAAUUGGAACGAAACGCAACAGUCGUGACCAUACCAUAGUUCGCAUGCAACAAAGUGAGAAAUUGUGCUCUCUUCUGCUCACAACUCAUUUGACCCCAAAAGCGUUCAUUUUCAUCAAGUUUCCAAGAAAGCGAAUUGUGUAGUUUGAGUCCCACGUCAUUCUAGUUUGCCCUCACUCUUCCAUCUUUGUGCUCAGUUUAUUGGGCUCCAGGUGAUGCGUACAUGUUUAUCCGUGAGUGGCUUUCUCGACAAAGUCCAUCAAGCCCUUAUUCAUACUCUCCCUUUCCUCCAUCUUCAUCCUCACACAUAUCUCUUCUUGUGGGAUACUCUUUUUAUCGCCGAUUAUUAUGCAUUCAUGGUUGGUUGACCAAGAGAGAAAGAAAAAAGAAAAAUAGGGUUCAGGUAUCAUUUUUUGGCCUCAAUGACCUAGGAUUUGAGCCAAAGUUCAGUCAUGCAGACGGUAAUGAGGAAGUUGAAAGAUUCGAAACAUCGAAACGAAACAGACGACUUUUCAGACCAAUAUGAAAUCGCGAACAAGAUUUUGGCAAAGUACAACAACGGGUUGAUUCCGACUUCGACGAGUAAACAGCCGAUUCAGGUGUACUUCUCGAUGGAACUGUACCAGAUUAUUUCAGUGGUAGGUAAUGCGAAAGUGAUCAAUUGGAGCGAGAUACCUAAAAGUGGGGUUUUCAGAAUGAACCACAGCAAUAUCUGAUGUUGAAUGCAUGGAUAGUUGAGGUAAGGCCCUGUCUCCUGUUCCCGGUCCCUUUUAAGAAACAAUACUCGCUUCCAGCGCUGGACAGAUCAUCUUCUCGGUUGGGAUCCUGCGAAAUUCGGGAACGUAACCGAAAUAAUGCUUCCACACCACAACAUCUGGCUGCCCGAUACCACCCUCUACAACUCGUUCGUCCACUUUCUCGACCCAUUUCCCUCUCACUUUUUUCCAGGCUCGUAAUGAAAGAUGACGAGAACCGACGCCUGCUGCAUGCAAAAGUGACCACAUUAGGCGAAGGGAACGGAGCAUUCAUUGAGCUCUUGUACCCGACCAUCUACAAGUUGUCUUGCCUUCUCAACCUGAGAUUCUUCCCGUUUGAUGUGCAGGUAACCGAGAGAAAAGAAGCUGGGCGGGAAACAAGUGCGAUUUCAGUCCUGCCGUCUUCUCUUCGGCAGUUGGACCUUUGAUAACACCAAAAUAGACUAUUUCGCCUUCAACGAAACGCUCUCGAUCGGCACGACGAAUUGCAUUGAAAACGAAGGAUGGAAUGUGCUGUCGACGAGUGGUGAGUGGUCUUCCGAGUGGUCCAAAGUUCGAGAAAAGUAUAAACAUUUCGUGCGAACUCUGAUUCUUUUGUCGUUGGCCGGCCGGGUCAAUUGCGCAGUGAUCUGUAACAUUUCAGUUGUCCGUCAUGAGAAUAAGUACGAUUGCUGUCCGAAUAAUUACACCCUUCUCGAGUUCCGGCUCACAAUCCAACGAAAGCCACUCUACUACAUCAUCAACCUGAUCAUUCCCACCUCGAUUAUCACUUUCAUAUCAAUCAUCGGUUUCUUCAGGUUGCUCUUUGGUAGUUGUCAUUAGAGCGUAGUUCCCAUUUUCAGCACUUCCUCCAUAAAUGAGCCGAGAGAGGAGAAGAUCACUUUGGGCAUCACGACCCUUCUUUCCAUGUCCAUUCUGAUCUUCAUGGUCUCUGACAAGAUGCCCUCCACUUCGUCGUUAUUCCGCUCAUCGGUCUCUUCUACACCUCGAUGAUCCUUCUCAUUUCCUUCUCAACCAUCUGCUCUUCUGUCGUCAUUUACGUGCAGAAGCAGGGGAACAUUGGAAAUCCUCCGUCGAAGAAUCUGAUGAACAUUGCGCGUGCCGCCAAUCGAUUCAUUCGGAUGGAGAUGCCGUUGAUCAUGAAGCAAGCGUACGCGCAGAAGGCUCGCGAGGAGAAGUUGAGAAGACAGCAGAUCGGGAGGAAGCAGAGUUUGUGGACGAGGGUCUACAAGUUGGCGAGGGAGCAGGCACUGAGAAAGGUAAGUGGAGGAGCGAGGAAUAGAGAAAUCAAUGCGCCCAUCAGGACGUUCAGACUUCUCAAAACUCUUCCAAGUUCAACGAUAUUCUGACGCCAGAGAAACUGAUUGACAACGGAGGGAAAAGGUGCACGAUCAACAAGGACGUCACGUGCAUCAGUGAGAAAGAGCGGAAUUGUUGGAGAGGAGAGCAGAUGUUUGCAGGUGACUCUGGAAUCGUGGCCAUGGUCGGAGGAGUUGCGACGUUGGCAUCGGAGGACGACGAUCAGGACGUGUCCCUUCUCGAGCUGGAGACGACGCCGACGCCGGCGAUGCAGAGGCCGACGAGGCUACACAAGGCCUCCACUUGCGGCAGUUUCGACAGCAUGCUGCAUGCUGUACAGACAGAUCGAAGGUAG